UCGCAGCGCUUCCUGCCCGGUCGGCGGCGGGGGUCGGCUCGGGGAGGGCCAUGGAGGCGGCCCCGGAGGCGCCGGGUCCUUCGCCCCGCGUGCCCGCUGAGGAGCGCCCCGCCGAGGACCAGCGGCUUCCUGCCCACGUGCCCGGGCCGGGCUUCCCCGAGAGCGGAUGGGGCCGCCUCCGGCAGCUGUUCGCCAAAGACGAACAGCAAAGAAUAUCAAAGGAACUUGAGAAUAUUUAUAGGGCAGCACUUUCAGCAGGCAUCAUUGGCUGGGCCUACGGGGGAAUACCAGCUUUCAUUCAUGCCAAACAGCGUUACAUUGAGCAGAGCCAAGCGGAAGUUUAUCACAACCGGUUUGAUGCUGUGCAAUCUGCACACCGCGCUGCCACGCGCGGCUUCAUUCGCUAUGGCUGGCGCUGGGGGUGGAGAACCACGGUGUUCGUGACCAUAUUCAACACAGUGAACACUGGCCUAACCGUAUACAGAAAUAAGAAUGCCCUCAGCCACUUUGUCAUUGCAGGAGCCGUCACAGGAAGCGUUUUUAGAAUAAACCUAGGCCUGCGAGGCCUGGUUGCUGGCGGCAUAAUUGGAGGCUUGCUAGGCACUCCUGUUGGAGGCCUCCUGAUGGCCCUUCAGAAGUACUAUGGUGAGACCACUCAGGAGAGGAAGCAGAAGGAUCAGAGAGCGCUGCAUGAGCUGAAGCUGCAGGAGUGGAAAGCAAGAUUAAAAUUUACAGAGCUCCUCCCUGGAGAAAUUGAAAGUAACUUGCAGAAAGAUAAAUCCAAGGAAGAUGCUGAGAAAAUCGAAGCCCUGCUAAAUCUUCCUAGAAAUCCUUCAUCGACCAAUAAGCAAGACAAAGACUGAGAAGGUCCUGGGCCUCGGCAAGUUGGAGAGCUGUAUUGCCAUGCAGCAUCAUUGCCUGAUGACAUCUGUCACUGCUGGCCCCUGGGCAGGCAGUGAUUUUUCCUUUUUGUCUUCUGUCUUCAGACUAAGAUUUGGGCUGAUGUGUACUCAGACAUUUAAGUACAUAGUUACAUGUGUUGGUCUGUUUCCCCGGUGUCUGUACUGACAGAUAAAUAUGUAUUUCCAUGG